AUGUGGAUCCCAUGCUCGGAAGUCGAGAUUCAGCAUUCUGAAAAAUCCUGGGUACACCACUGUUUAACUGAAGAUCAUAAACGAAUGAUACGAUGUGUACGUAAAAUGCAAUUAAUUGUUGCUCGUAAUCGAUUUCAACAAGCAAGAAAACCAUAUGAUGUACGUGAUGUACUUGAACAAUAUUCUCAUGGACAUAUAAAUAUGAUGAUGAGAAUAAAAGAAUUACAACGAAAAAUCGAACAUACAAUCGGUAAACAAGCACCCGUAGCAAUUGAAGAUCGUGCUAAAUUAACUGUUCUUGCACGAAUGCAACGUGUUGAAGGUACAAUGAAUGUUAUGGGAGAAACAAUGGGAAAUAUUUUAAGAUUAUUAAAAGUUGUCGACGAAAAACUUGAUCGAAUUUUGCCAAAUGAUAAUAGUUCGACAAAAUUAAUUUUAUCACGAAUGAAUGCAAAAUAUGCUUCGACACAAGAAGCAAUAUUAUAA